UAAAAUCGGUCAGUUGACUAGCGAGUAUGUUUUUGUCUGGGACGAUCACGUACGCAUCUGCACGCACCUAUAAAUCAGUGUUUAUUUUUAGUAGUAAAGACUGUGAGGAUUUUCAAAAAUACUUCGAAAUACGUGCGUUUCGUCGCGCGAAAUGCCGCUAAUUACAGUUUGAACCUAAUGGGAAUAGCUCCUCGGUUUACAUGAGAAGAACUGCAUAUCGACGAUCUCAAAUUACCUCUUUACACAGUGAAAACGAAGUUUUCGAGCAAGCAAAUAAAUCAACAGCCGCGAGUUUGAGUGUGUGAAUAAUUUGUCACAGUGUAGCAAAUCAAUUUGAAUCAGAUAAUAAAAUUCGACACAACCAAAUGUUCAGAUAACGUACUCGAUUUUUCGUUUCGAAAGUAAAAAGUUUUUGAAACAAAAUACAUAUAGUCGAUUCGAAAUUUAAUAAUAGCGCGAAAUUCGUGUUGUAACAAUCCCAACGUCGAGCAAUCAAAUCAUUGUUUUCUAUUUUUUAUUGUUUCGAUUUGUUUACAAGAAUUCCAUUUUCGAAGAGUUGGAAGUGACCGUCGGGAACACAAAAAAAUAUCCAGUGAAUCAUUCACGUGUGUGCGAGUCCCGGCGUCGUCGGUCUACAGAUUCGUAAAGUUUCUUCUAGUAAACGUUUCUCUGAUCGUGUAAGAUGCAUGUCGUAUGCAAAUGUUUAAACGUGUCCAUAAAAUCAAGGGGCACUGAACUGCAGAAGGUCAACAUAGACGAUAUUGAGUUGCUCGACGAACAGAACGAUGUUUUCUUCAGCCAGAGCCUUGCAACAGUAACAGAGCUCGAAGGUAUCACUAAAGAACAACCUGGUCUAGUAGAGAUAAGAAAUGUGGGAUCAUGGGUUAUUCACCGCUGUUACAAUUGUUCUAUGUAUACACACGCUGUACAUAGAGAUUAUGGUGCUGCUUUAGUUCUUAUAAAUACAGACAUUGUUACUUCAUCGGAAGAAAUAGAUAAAUUGAAGUCCAGUUCAGAUUAUAGCCCAGUAUUUAGAAUAAUAAUUGCCCACAAUAGUUUGGAUGAACUCGAUUAUCUUCAACCUACGAAGUUUUCUGUGUCGCAGUUGCCCAACAAUAUACAAGUAGCUUUGGGUGGCCUCCAACAGCAGCUCGAGGAAGCUGUUCAAAGGAAGUCCGCAGAAAUAGAAAAUAAAAUCCGCGCUUUGACAGCGGAACAAUAUCAAUUAUUAGAACAGUUUCGUGAAAGAGCACACAAUGAGCAUAUAAUAUUGAGAAGGUUAAUCUGUAAAGGAGAGGAGACGACUAGAUUAACCAGUAACAUAGAGACUCCUCCUACAACACCGGAUAGCUUUACAACUAAUUUAACUACCUCUACAGAGAAUACAAUUAAUAUGUCGCAAGUAAUAUCGAAUGAAACAAAGAUCUUCACAGAUCCUAUCGUUAUACCCAAAACUGGUGCUAAACUUUCGCCCAAUCCUCUAGUUAACGGUAGCAUAGACAAUAAAGAUCGAUUAUACAUAUAUACUAAAGAGCCGACAAGUUUUGACACAGAAGCUUUAUUUCCAUUGGAAGGAAUGGAGGACGGUCUUAAUACCAAUCAAGCUCAAUCUUCAGACGAAGGAUCCGAUACAGAUGAUUCAGGUCAAGAUGAAGGUAUACACAUGCCAAGAGGACAGCGAGGCGGGCAUCCUACACUAGCUAAAUCAUUACCAGUCAGCGUCCCAUCUUUUCCCUCGUUCGUUCGCAGAAAUGUCCAAGAUCAGGAUGAUGAUCAGCUGUCAAUAGAUCCACAUGAUCCACAUAAUAUUCGAGCUUCGAUCAAAGCUCUGGCAAAAAGCGUUCACGGUGAUACAGUAUUUGGAGAUUUGCCACGUCCCCGUUUCUCUACUCAAAUCUGACUUCGUAGCGAUCUCGAGGAAAUAGAAUAAGCUAAGAAUCUAAUACGUAUAAAGUACCUAUUAUCCGUAAUUGUCUUUCAGUGGAUGCUGGGAGAGAUCAAUGUAAGCAAAGGCAGAAUAAACGCAAAGGAAGUAUUGAUAUUUCGCGCGAAUAUAUUUUAGAGUAUAAACAAAUUAUUUCGAAUGUUAGCUUUGUUAGUUCGUUGAGUUUAUAAAAAGGAACAGAUUUUCAUACCUGCAUAUAAUUGAGGCUGUAUGAUAUAUAAAUGUGCUAUAUAUUUGUUACUGAUCACUUAAUGUCUAUCGUAAAAAGAUGGGGGAAAAUGCUUAGAUUUCAGGAAACUAUGUAACGUGAGAUGUACGAUGCCAUAUCCGAAGAUCGUAUUAGAGUGAAGAGGCAAAGAAAGUUUUUUACGUAUCAAUUAGUGAUUAAGCUACUAAAAUAAUAAGUUUACAAUAAUAGCUAUUAUUUUUACAUUGUACUAUUAUCGUUAGAAGUAGGAAAGCUCAUUAUAAGUUCAACCAUUGACUUCAAUCAUAAAUUACUGCUUUGAGCUCAUGUCAUUCUUUGAGACUUUACUAAAACUUUCUUUAAACCCAUAUAAACCAUUUUCUUUUUACACUACAAAAUCUUUUAAUUAAAAAUCAUUACUUGUUGCGAAUAAUAGAAGACAUUUGAUCUCUUUAAAUCUAUUGUACCGUAAUGCAUGAAUUGAUAUCUUUUCUUUGAUUAAUAGGCUUUUCAAUUCAGUUACAGGGCAUCGGCUAGAGAAAAAAUUGUGUUGGGUUUCUGGAAUAUAAUUUCGGAAUUAACUAAAUAUGGGUAUUUUUUAUAAAUACAUUUGUAAAAUGAAUUUUAGAACAGUACGCAUAUAUCUACGUUUAUAUGCAAAAGUGUACUACACAAUUUAUUUACGUACGUUUUUGUUACAAAUACAUAUUUUACUUUUAUAUUUUGAAUUUGCUUCAAGCCAAUUGCUGUGUUACUUUUUUUAUAGAUUUAUAUAAUUAAUUUGUAAGGAUUUGUAAUUUUUGUACCGAUUACAGUACCAUGUGAUAAACGACAAAUUACAGAUUAGAAACGAUGGAGUGAAUUAGUACAAAAACCUAUGUGGCUUUUCUAAUCAUGUAAUGCACGGUUAUAAAAAUUGUAUGUGAGUGCUCUACCGAUUAAAUUAUCAACUGUAAAAAGUACUCCGGGAAUGUCAGAAAUGUUCUAUAUCACAUACAAAAAUUGAUUAAUGAGAAUAAAAUGUUGCUGUAUGAAAAAAUA